AUGCCUUCACCGGAGGCUGGUGGGGAUCAUCACACCGAGAGCUUGGGAGGUUCGCCUCAAUCCGAGCUGAACACUGGCACUCUUACGCGCGAUUUUGCACUUGCGGCCGCAGUUGUCAGCGAGCAGCAUGCCCACCUCACCCAAACGGCCUCACAGCCCACGCACAGCCCGCCAUCGUCUCAGCCUUCCGCUCUGGGUGAGGUACAUAGGAAUUCUCGUACCGUUCCGAUAAGGGCCGAUGACGCUCCAAGCAGAGUAAUCAAAAGGCCUCGCUCGUCUGGCGACCCGCUGUUCGAGGGCUUUAAAUACGGCAAGGCCAAAGAAGUCCGGAUGGACAUGACGAGGAAGAGAGCCCCGAAGCCCCACACUGUAGCAAAUCAAGGCCAGCCCGGAGCACCGCUUAUCGAUGACGCGAAAGCCAACAUGGAUGCACAGGGCCAACUGGCCCGCGAAGACGCUGGGGUGGAACAACGCAAUGAUACGACUUCUGAGGAGCCCUUACACUCUUCUCAAGAAUCUCACAGAGCUGAUUUGAAUGCAUUACCCUCGCAAGAGGACCAUACCACCGACCCAUCUUUUCAUGUUACCCAAGCCGAUCAUGACAACACUAAAGAAAAUCCAAGCCCACGUCAAGCGGCCUCCCAUAUCCCCACACAGCGGACCCCGUACUCCAGAUAUCUUGUUGGAAAAUCCACCGAAGAGCAACGCACGGAGCAUGGCAAGCCACCUCUUGUCGUUGCCGGCAGUGCGGAGAAGGUUGGUCCGAGUGACUUCUCGUCCGCUUUCGACCCUCUGCCUAUCGCUCCUCCACUUCCGACAACUGCUGGCAAUAGCGCGGAGGGCGCGUCCCACGAGCAAAGGUACUUGACAAGCUCCUUGGGAUCCGCAACAUGGGCAGAGAUUGAGAAUAACCAUGGUCGCUCAACUACGAGCGGAACAGCCAGCUCGCAGGUACGCUCUCGACCGCGUCAUCACAGAGUGCAGACUCUUAUUCAGCAGGACUACCGUGCGAUGAUGCCCGAUAAUACUCGGAAACAUGGUCUUGAACAGAGCGAACACACGGUGGAUGCCCACCUCCCGCGCCAAGCUGACGCUGUUACUAAGCAAAGCUUUCAUGAACCAUGCCAGCACCAAGAGUUAUCCGGCAUCAAGGAACAGUCCUCAAGGAACGUACCACAUCGUAGAGACCCAAAGAACCUGAGGUCUGACUCCAGUAAAGAUGGACAGCUGCACAAUAUCAGUACUCAGGCAGGUCCUACCCAGGUUACCAAGACCGGAGCAGGCGCGAAACGUGCACGUGGCAAUAUCAGAGCCACAAAAGGUACCAGUCAUUCAGGCGAGCCGAGAAACACUCCGGGGUCGGGAUUCGAUAUCCAUUCCAGCCAUGUUCUCAGCAUCUGGCAGAAGCUGUUUGAGAAAGAGCAGGAAGAAUUGACCGCAAAAGAAGUGGCGAAGCGCGAAAGCUGCGAAUUAGAGGUCAACAGGCUACGCUCUGCGGAACAAGAGCACGAAGCGGCGUUGAAAGCUGUUACAAUGGCCAAAAUGACUGCAUCAACGAGGAUGCACCAACUCCGGAGCAUCAAUGAGGAGUUGAAUGCGAGAAUCCAAGAGCUGGAAACAUCUCUGACCAAUACUUCCCACAAAGUCAAAGAGCUGCAAAGAGAUAAGAAAAAUGAUGCUAAAGUCUUGGCCAAGGCGGAAAAGAAGGUUGAGCUGCUCGAAGCUGACAGAAAAUCUUUGGUUGCUUCCUAUGAUGAUGAAAAACGAAAAGUGUCGCAGGAACACUCAACUACAAUCCUCAAGCUCGCCGAGACGCAGAAAGAUCUUGAAAACGCCAAAGAGUCGAUUGAAAGACUCGACACGGAAGUCAGUCAGAAAUGCAAUGACCUGGCAGAGCAGAAGAACCGUGUCGCCCAGCUCCUAAAAAACAAUGAGGACAUGUUCAUCAAGUACAAUGACAUUGAAGAAGCGAUCAACAGCUUGGGUGACUCCCUGGACAAGCCCCUUGGAGACUUGGCUCAUUCAGUCAAGGAGCUCCUCGAGCAACAAGCUACAAAGCGUUCAGCUGAUGAGAUUAUGGGAAGAAUCAAGAACAUCACCUCUUUGCUUUCUGAUGAGCGGGCUGACUUUAGCAGCUUACAAGCUGCUCUUCAAUCUAUGGACAAUUCGUUUCAAACCAAGUUCGACAAUCUCAUGCAGUCCACCCAGUCUUCUCGACAAGAUGAAAAAGUCAUCGAAAACCGCCUUUUGAGCCGCUUACAGGAAGAAUUCAAGUCACUCGAAUGUUGGCAAGAAGAUUUGGUUGAGACCAAGAGUAAGAAGGCAGCUCUUGAGGAACGCUGUAACGCUCUCCAACACAACGAAUCCCAGCUACAAACGAAGUUGGAUGCAGCGACAGGCGCUCAAGAAGCUGCACAAAGAAGCCUUGUCGAAAUGCAGACUGAGCUAUCUUGCGUCAGAUCCAGCCUCACGGUUGACUCUGCUCGGCUACAACAGCUUGAGAUCAGCAAGGCGACGGCUGAUCAAGAGUUGCGCGAUGCUCUGGCUAGGAUCCAUGAAGAAGAGCAGAAGUGCCGUGCCCUUUCGGUCGUCGAACAGGAACUCCGCCAAGAAGUCAUGCAGCUGAAGGAACAGCUGAUAAACGCGAAAGACACAAUGUCCAACCCACCAACAGACAGUGGCAAAGGCCGUACAGAUUCGACACCAAUUGAGAGCGCAAGCGAGAGAGCCCGUGUCUACUAUGCAAAGCAUUCAAGAGAUGUCAUACAAGAUACAAACACGAAACAUGCAAAUGCGCUAUACGCAGAGCGGAUGAAGGUUCGCCAAGCAGGCGAGACUCUGGAAUCUCAAUCCGCCCAGAUUGCAGCACUCAAAGAGCAGAUUCACCGGAAGGACUCGGAGAUCCAGAGCUUGAACGAGUCGGACUCUGUAGAGAAUCCUACCAAAGAUGACCUCAAAAAUCAAUUGGAGGUCGCAAGAGCAGAUAAUACAAGGAUCCAAAAGCUGAUGCAGACAGAAUACGAUGAGAAGCUGGAGGAAAUUCAACAACAGCUAGACAACCUUCAAACUCAAAAACAGGAGAUUGAUCUCAAGUACCAGCAAAUACAGCCAAACAACGAUACGGUACAGGAGCAACUUCGACUUUCUAACAAUGAGCUUGCUGGACUUUAUCGGCAACUCGAAGAGACUCAAGUCUCUUUAAAAGAAUCCGAGCAAGAAGCUGCACAACAAAAGAUUUAUUCAGAAGAGAUGCUACGCCAGCGAGAGGAGCAGUGGGCCGUUGAGGCUAAUGGAAUGAGGGGUCAGUUGCAAGAAGCAAAUACCCAGAUGCAAGAGAUUGAGGCCAGCCAUCAGAUCCAACGCGAAGAGUACGAAGCACAGCUCAGAUACUAUCUUCAUGAGCGAGAGAACGAUGAGCCUGGGCAAUUUUGUGGGGCGAACCAGCAGCUAAUACAUCCGAUUGAGGACAAGUUCAGGCAUCCGCCCUCCAUCUCUUCAAAGCUUCCAGAAUCUCCUGUCCUGGAGGUUAUGAUGCCAGCAGCGAAUUCAGGAUCAACCAGAAAGCCGCGACGAAAGUUGGAUCGUUCCAACAAGUCUGUAUCCCAUGCUGUUGACAAAACACAGCCAGAACAAUCUCAAAUACCCCACAACUCAUCGGCUUCUCAACGCGAUACUCAACCAGGACUCGAAGACUCUCGAAAACAAGUCUAUCAUCGCUCAUCUGAUGGAAGCACCUUCGGUGAAGACUUCUGGGUAUCACAAGAGCUUGGAAAACACGAGAGAUUGACAGAGCAUGGAGUCACCCUUCUGCCGACACAGGGCGAGGCCACGGUGGAGGACCCUGAGACUCUCUCAGAUCUUCUGAGCAAGCCGAAGCUGUUUUCAGAAAUUGCCAAGGAGCACGUGGAUGACCAGAACAAGUCCACCAGUAGCUUGAGUAGCCUUCUAUCUUCGGACAUGGACAUACCAGAGGGAUUGGCCGGGCUCCACCUUCAGCCGGAUGAUGCUGUGGAAUCCACGCCGACACCACGAUUCCGUGGGGCAGAUGGUACAGUAAGGCGGACGACGGCAUCGAUGGAGAAUCCAUUCUUCGAGGAAGACCGCCCAGUGUCUCAAGCGAACACGAGUAGACGAAUGAAUUCAGCCUAUCAGCUACGCCAGGAGUCUUACCGAUCAGAUUCUGUAGCCGUGGACGCGAGCUUGCCACGAACGCCUUUCCAUGCUCCUCGGGGAAUCACGAGGAUGGAAUCUGACCAAGGUAGCAGCCCUUUGUUUAUGGACCAGGCCAAAUCAAGGAACAAUGCCACGUACAGUCACCACCACACGACUCAAUCGACGAACGCCGAACAGAGCGUCGACAGCAGUCCGUCCGGUGCCGUCAAGCGCUUGACCUCAGGAGAGAGCGAUGAAUAUUCCAGCAAGCGAAUCAAAGGUACUUCAAGUAAGUACAGAUCGAGUCCGAUCAUGACAAGAGCAAUCUCCCGAGCGGGCCCUCGUUCGCAGGUGUCAGAAACUCAGUCUCAGGACCUCCGCGUUCGUUUCCCUGAAGAGUCCAGCCAAGUUUCAGCGAAGGCCGAAUCCCAAACCCAGACGGCAACAUCCAGGCCCCCGCAACCUCCAUCUCAGCGGUCCACGCGUGUUCCGUCCAUGUCUCGCAUGAAGACUUCAGAAGGCUCUUCUUGGGGCGGCAUCCGCAACUCCCCUCCGAGGAACGCGCGGAAACGAAAGGCAGACGAAAUCGGUGGUCGGUUUGACCAAGAGAUCAAGAGCUCUUAUUGA